GCGGCCGCCGAGCAGCGAGCCUUGGCCGUGACCGAGGCGGCCGCAGCUUCAGGCGGCCGCGGCAGAGCGGGCCGGGGCCCGCGUGGGGGCGCGCGCAGCGGGCGCGAGGCCGCCGUGGCUGCCGUGGCGGGGCCGCGCUGAGGAGGCGCCGAGGGGAGGAGGAGAAAUCCCUGCGCGCCCGCCGCCGCCGCCGCUGCCGCCGCCGCCGCCGCCGCCCGGCCUCCCGCGCCCGCGCCCGCCGCCUCCUCCUCCUCGGUGCGGUUCCACUGGGCUCGAGGAGCGGCCGCCGAGACCUCCGCCUGCGAACAAAGAGGAGGCCGGCAGGGCGGGGGCGUCUGCGGCGAGCAUGGCGGACCGCAGCCUGGAAGGCAUGGCUCUGCCCCUGGAGGUGAGGGCCCGCCUGGCCGAGCUGGAGCUGGAGCUGUCGGAAGGUGACAUCACACAAAAGGGAUAUGAAAAGAAGAGGUCAAAAUUAAUUGGAGCCUACCUUCCCCAGCCUCCGACAGCGAAUGGAGCUGCCGUGGUUCGGUGUAGACUGCAGCACAGUGACGUGUCGACGAGGAGACCAUUCCGCUCUGCCCACAUCGGGGUGUGUGACGUCCGAGAAGCAGCAGCCCGGGAGCGGGUGGCCAGCGCCACAGGGAACCGGCCUCUGUUUUACUUUCGCUUCGGGGUGGAUCAAGCAUUGCCUCAAGAACGCCGGGUGCCUGUCACUCCUUCCUCCGCCUCUCGUUACCACCGCCGACGGUCCUCAGGGUCUCGAGAUGAGCGUUACCGGUCAGACGUUCAUACAGAAGCUGUUCAGGCAGCUCUUGCUAAACACAAAGAAAGGAAGAUGGCGGUGCCCAUGCCUUCCAAACGCAGGUCCCUGGUCGUGCAAACCUCGAUGGAUGCCUACACGCCUCCAGAUACCUCUUCUGGUUCAGAAGACGAAGGCUCGGUGCAGGGCGAUUCCCAGGGAACCCCCACCUCCAGCCAAGGCAGCAUUAACAUGGAGCACUGGAUCAGUCAGGCCAUCCAUGGCUCCACCACAUCCACCACCUCUUCUUCUUCCACGCAGAGUGGGGGCAGCGGGGCUGCCCACCGGCUGGCAGAUGUUAUGGCCCAGACACACAUAGAAAAUCAUUCUGCACCUCCUGACGUAACCACGUACACCUCAGAACACUCAAUACAAGUGGAAAGGCCACAGGGCUCAACGACAUCCCGGACAGCACCAAAGUAUGGCAAUGCCGAGCUCAUGGAAACCGGAGAUGGUGUACCAGUAAGUAGCCGAGUAUCAGCAAAGAUUCAGCAACUUGUCAAUACCCUCAAACGACCUAAACGACCGCCAUUACGAGAAUUCUUUGUCGAUGACUUUGAAGAAUUGUUAGAAGUUCAACAACCAGAUCCAAACCAACCAAAGCCAGAGGGCGCCCAGAUGCUGGCAGUGCGUGGGGAGCAGCUGGGGGUGGUCACGAACUGGCCACCCUCUUUAGAAGCUGCACUGCAGCGAUGGGGGACCAUCUCACCCAAGGCCCCCUGCUUGACCACCAUGGACACGAAUGGGAAGCCCUUGUACAUCCUCACUUACGGCAAACUGUGGACAAGAAGUAUGAAGGUUGCUUACAACAUUCUCCAUAAGCUAGGUACAAAGCAAGAACCUAUGGUGCGGCCUGGAGAUAGGGUAGCACUAGUAUUCCCCAACAAUGACCCUGCUGCAUUCAUGGUGGCUUUUUAUGGCUGCCUGCUGGCUGAAGUUGUUCCUGUGCCCAUCGAAGUGCCACUCACAAGAAAGGAUGCAGGGAGCCAGCAGAUAGGUUUCUUGCUCGGAAGCUGUGGCGUUACUGUAGCCUUGACUAGUGAUGCUUGUCACAAAGGACUCCCAAAAAGCCCAACAGGAGAGAUCCCACAGUUUAAAGGGUGGCCAAAGCUGCUGUGGUUUGUCACAGAAUCCAAACACCUGUCUAAGCCACCUCGAGAUUGGUUCCCACACAUCAAAGACGCAAAUAACGACACUGCUUAUAUAGAGUACAAGACAUGUAAGGAUGGAAGUGUGCUUGGCGUGACUGUGACGAGGAUCGCCCUGCUGACACACUGUCAGGCACUCACACAGGCGUGUGGCUACACAGAAGCUGAAACCAUUGUGAACGUGUUGGACUUCAAGAAGGAUGUGGGGCUCUGGCAUGGCAUCCUGACGAGUGUCAUGAACAUGAUGCAUGUCAUUAGCAUCCCGUACUCGCUGAUGAAGGUAAAUCCCCUCUCCUGGAUCCAGAAGGUCUGCCAGUACAAAGCAAAAGUGGCUUGUGUGAAAUCAAGAGACAUGCACUGGGCUUUGGUAGCACACAGAGAUCAAAGAGAUGUCAACCUGUCCUCUCUCCGCAUGUUGAUAGUGGCCGAUGGAGCAAAUCCCUGGUCCAUUUCUUCUUGUGAUGCAUUUCUCAAUGUCUUCCAGAGUAAAGGCCUUCGGCAGGAGGUCAUCUGUCCCUGUGCCAGCUCACCAGAGGCCCUUACUGUGGCCAUCCGGAGGCCCACGGAUGACAGCAACCAGCCACCAGGCCGAGGCGUCCUGUCCAUGCAUGGGCUGACCUAUGGUGUCAUCCGCGUGGACUCCGAGGAGAAACUCUCAGUGCUCACCGUGCAGGAUGUGGGCCUCGUCAUGCCUGGAGCCAUCAUGUGUUCGGUGAAGCCAGAAGGCAUCCCCCAGUUGUGUAGAACAGAUGAAAUCGGCGAGCUGUGCGUGUGUGCAGUUGCGACCGGGACAUCAUAUUAUGGCCUCUCUGGCAUGACCAAGAACACCUUUGAGGUGUUUCCCGUGACAAGCUCGGGGGCUCCAAUCAGCGAAUACCCAUUCAUAAGGACAGGCUUACUGGGCUUCGUCGGUCCUGGGGGGCUUGUCUUUGUUGUGGGAAAAAUGGACGGCCUGAUGGUGGUCAGUGGGCGCAGACACAAUGCUGACGACAUCGUGGCAACAGCAUUGGCCGUGGAGCCCAUGAAAUUUGUCUACAGAGGAAGGAUAGCUGUGUUCUCCGUGACUGUCCUUCACGAUGAAAGGAUAGUGAUUGUGGCAGAGCAGAGGCCGGAUUCCACGGAGGAAGACAGCUUCCAGUGGAUGAGCAGGGUGCUCCAGGCAAUUGACAGUAUACAUCAAGUUGGAGUUUAUUGUCUGGCCUUAGUGCCAGCAAAUACUCUUCCUAAAACCCCUCUUGGUGGGAUCCAUUUGUCAGAAACAAAGCAGCUCUUCCUGGAGGGCUCCCUUCACCCGUGCAAUGUGCUGAUGUGCCCACACACUUGUGUCACAAACUUGCCUAAACCUCGGCAGAAGCAACCAGAAAUUGGCCCUGCCUCUGUGAUGGUGGGAAACUUGGUGUCUGGAAAGAGGAUUGCCCAAGCUAGUGGCAGAGACCUGGGUCAGAUAGAAGACAACGACCAGGCCCGGAAGUUCCUGUUCCUCUCAGAGGUCUUGCAGUGGAGGGCGCAGACCACCCCAGACCACGUGCUGUACACGCUGCUCAACUGUCGGGGUACAAUAGCCAACUCACUGACGUGUGUCCAGCUGCAUAAGCGUGCUGAGAAGAUAGCUGUGAUGUUGAUGGAAAGGGGUCACCUACAGGACGGAGACCACGUGGCUUUAGUCUACCCACCAGGCAUAGACCUCAUUGCAGCAUUUUAUGGCUGCCUGUAUGCGGGCUGCGUGCCAAUCACCGUACGUCCUCCACACCCGCAGAACAUCGCGACCACGUUGCCUACAGUCAAGAUGAUUGUAGAGGUGAGCCGCUCUGCCUGUCUGAUGACAACACAACUGAUCUGUAAACUCCUACGGUCCAGGGAAGCAGCAGCAGCUGUAGAUGUCAGGGCAUGGCCUCUCAUACUGGACACAGAUGACUUGCCAAAGAAGCGGCCUGCCCAGAUCUACAAACCUUCCAACCCAGACACGCUGGCCUAUCUUGACUUCAGUGUAUCCACAACUGGGAUGCUAGCUGGCGUAAAGAUGUCCCACGCAGCCACCAGUGCCUUUUGCCGUUCCAUUAAGCUGCAGUGUGAGCUUUACCCCUCUAGAGAAGUGGCCAUCUGUUUGGACCCUUACUGUGGACUUGGAUUUGUCCUCUGGUGCCUCUGCAGUGUGUACUCCGGGCACCAGUCCAUUCUCAUCCCACCUUCCGAGCUGGAGACCAACCCUGCCCUGUGGCUUCUGGCUGUGAGUCAGUAUAAGGUCCGGGACACAUUCUGUUCCUACUCGGUGAUGGAGCUUUGUACCAAGGGGCUGGGCUCACAAACAGAAUCCCUCAAGGCACGAGGACUGGAUUUGUCCCGAGUAAGGACCUGUGUGGUUGUUGCAGAAGAACGUCCCCGAAUCGCCCUCACACAGUCUUUCUCAAAGCUGUUUAAAGACCUGGGCCUCCACCCACGGGCUGUCAGCACCUCAUUUGGCUGUAGAGUGAACCUGGCAAUUUGCUUGCAGCCCCACAGGCUGUGGACACUGGCCGAGCAGGGGACAUCAGGACCUGACCCAACCACCGUCUAUGUUGACAUGAGAGCCCUGAGACACGACAGAGUUCGGUUGGUAGAAAGAGGAUCGCCUCAUAGUCUCCCUCUGAUGGAGUCAGGAAAAAUUCUUCCUGGGGUUCGGAUCAUCAUUGCCAAUCCAGAAACAAAAGGACCACUGGGGGAUUCACACCUUGGUGAGAUCUGGGUCCACAGCGCCCACAACGCCAGUGGUUAUUUUACCAUUUAUGGAGAUGAAUCCCUCCAGUCGGAUCACUUCAACUCUCGGUUGAGUUUUGGUGACACCCAGACCAUCUGGGCCCGAACAGGCUACUUGGGUUUCCUGCGGAGAACUGAACUCACGGAUGCAAAUGGAGAGCGUCAUGAUGCCCUCUAUGUGGUGGGGGCCCUGGAUGAAGCCAUGGAGCUACGAGGAAUGAGGUACCACCCGAUAGACAUCGAGACCUCAGUCAUCAGAGCCCAUAAAAGUGUCACAGAAUGUGCUGUGUUUACCUGGACAAAUUUGUUGGUGGUUGUGGUUGAGCUCGACGGGUCAGAACAGGAAGCCUUGGACCUGGUUCCGUUGGUGACCAAUGUGGUCCUGGAGGAGCACUACCUGAUUGUGGGGGUGGUGGUCGUGGUGGACAUUGGAGUCAUUCCCAUCAACUCCCGGGGGGAGAAGCAGCGGAUGCACUUGCGAGACGGGUUCCUGGCAGACCAGCUCGAUCCCAUCUAUGUGGCCUACAACAUGUAGUGUCAUCUCUGGCUUCCACGGACUUUUCUAGGAAUGUGAACAUUUUCUCAGUGUCCACCGAAAUGUGCAGACACACGGGCCACACUCGCCAGCACAGAGCCUGGUGCGGCGGGCUGGGGGGGAGGAGGACUUCUCGGAGCAGUCACCCUGGCAUGGAGAUGGAAUGUGAAUUUACUGCUGAAUUUUGCUCAGAAGGACUUUGGAUUACUGCCUUCAGUUCGUUGGAAAAGCUCAUUUCAAAAACUUUCUUUUCCUUCUUUUCUUUUAUUUUUUUUAAUUAUCAGAUAAGUGCUCUCUUCGUAAAUGUGGUAUUUUGUUAAGCCGAAAUAGCAAUUAAAAAAAAUUCUGCCCUCCAGAUGGGUUCUUUUAAACAAUUUAUGUAGUGUGACAAAGAAUUGUUUUCUCUGUUUUAAUGUGUCACAGGAUCUUAAUGACAUUGAUCUGUUACUAACUUAAGCCAUUGCUAGAUCUCACCCUUCUAGGAGAGUUUGUUGAGGUACCAGCACCCUUCCAGGUAGCAAUUAGAUUUUAGCAGCUUUCUUUGUCAGAAAUGUGCUGAAGAAACAGAGGCUCACUUAUGGCCUUUGAAGUUAGCAUAGAGCGAGAAGCAAUUAUAAAUAAGGUGUAUUUCGGCAACUAUCUUGCAAAUAUCUUUGUACUAAACUAAAAAAGAUAAAAUAAGUUAACUUCCUCAAUAUGUAAUUAUGUACAAAAUGUUUAAUUUAUUUUGAUCUCUUUAGAAGUAUAAAAGAGAAAAACAUUCAAGAAUAUUAAAGUCUUGUAAUGUUUGCUAAUAUAAAAAGUGUUGUAUUAUCUUGCGUGGAUGGUAUCACGACAAAUAUAUAUAUAUGAAAUAUAAAUUCACUAAUGAAAAAAAGGAGAUUUUAAAGUUUAAGUGCAGAACUCGUCACUUGCAUGGUGCGCUCCCCACUGCAUUCACACACUCCUUGCCGUUGCGAGCAAUCACACAUGGCCAGACGCCCUGUCUCAAAGUUUCUUCCAGACCCAGAGACCAGCAAGUGGAAUUAUUGCCAUCUGUAAGGUGGUGACAGGAUUUAAAGCUCAGUGUGCACUAUUUUUUCCUUUGCUGGGGGACAACAGAGAAUGCGUUUAUGCCAGCCGUGCGACAACAAGGGGCUCUAGGUUGGCAAAUAGCACUGUUCUUAGCCGCAAGAAUUUGUUGCACAAUGGUUUUGUUUUGGGGUUUUUUAAGCAUUUUUAUUAGUGUCACCUUUUUUGUUUCCUUGGUAUGAAAAGAAUGCUAUUCUGUGGUCAUUUGCACCCAGUUUUAUUGAUCUGCCUUCAGAUGGCCCUACGUGAGUGGACUGAAUGUCCAGGGAGAAGACUCACCUAGGUGACGUCUUCUGGUCUGAAGACGCAGUCAACUCUGUGAACCUCUGUCUCUGGAGUUCCUGAGCUGGGCCCCGAGCAGACCCCAACCCAACCCCUGGGGCUCCUAGCAGAGUUGUGGCUUAAGCAAGGGUGGCCCCCGCUGAGUCCCCCUGCUGCGUGUGGAUGGAUCGCUUCCCCGGUUUCUGUGGCUGCCUCACACACCUUUUGAUCUGCACAGCUCAUCUGUGCAUUUCUGAAUUGAAUUGGCCUGUCUGUCCAACCCAGAAGGCGCUCUCAGCCGUGUAAGCCGGAUUGAUUUUAUAAUUGUCUGGUACGGUCCUGCAGUGGCUCUCGGUACUAGAUAUGCAUGACUAAGAUUGUUGCUGAGCAAAAUUGAGAUUCUUUCUUUCUUAUAUUGUAGGCAGUGGCCUUGCCUUUGUCACCAUGCAGCCAUCAGUAAGCACUUUGCUGAAAGAGUUUUGUUUGACUUCUGAGAUCCAAGGCUGAUUGUUUUUAAAAAAAAUUUAAAUGGCACAUUUUUGAAAAUUUGUCAGCUUAUAUGGAACUUCCUUCCAUCUCUGCAAACCAUUUAAUUUUUAAAAUAUUGUUUGCUCGUUGCUGUGUACGAGUAUUUCCAUACAUGAUUCAGACACACAUUCCUACAGUCUUCUGCUUCCUACGAGGGAAAACCCCACCACAGUCAGACAAAAAGACAUUUUUAACAUGCACACGCACCUUGCUUAGAGGAAGUAGGUUGUAGGUUUCAGAUCAGAUCCUCUGAAUGAAACAAUUGCAGCGUGUGGGAAAACCUGAGGUUCAGGUGAUGUCGGGAAGCAAAACAAAUUUUAGACGUCACUUCAGAUAUAAUUUUGACUUUCACCAUAUCAACUUUACAUCCAAGGAAGGCAAACACUGCAGUACAGUUGUGAAAGCAGUUAACAGGUCUCUUCUGCAUCCUGUCUUCUCUGACAUUAAGAAUUUAGGUUCAAAAGAGUUGGUGGACUGGGAUCGAAGUUUGGUUGUGCAAGAAAAAAAAAAGACACAAGUACCACCUGUUUCAGCAAUAAAGAAGGGUCGUUCUGUAUUAGAAAUUGUACUGUAGAUAAAUCAUUCAUGAGAAUGUAAAAAAAAAAAAUGUUUGUCUUGUGACCUUGUGCUUUUGAAGUCAGCCAAAACCGUGUAAUCAACUUGCACAAAAAGAGGGUACACAGUGACCAUUGAAACACAGACCUAAUCAAACAGGAGCAGAUUCCUCAUGGUGCUUGUUUAUUAUAUAUAUUUAAUCCUGCUUGACACUUUACCCAAGGGAAAACAGUCCCUUUUAUCAGUUGAAUGUUAGCAGCGUUAUUUCAGAGUGUGGUGACUGGUUAGAGAGAUCCAUGUACUCAACCAAUCACAGUUUCAAACAAAAUUUUUAUGUGCAAAGGACAGCAACCUCUUGUAUGUUCAACCACCAGUACGCUUUGUACAUCUGUGAUAACGUCUGUUUUAUAUUCAAAUGAACAAAUAAAAGCUUUUAUUUUUGUUGCUCUGAAAUAGCCGUUUCUUAAUUGGUACCCUGGAGAAGUGUCUGGGACAGACGGCUUCCAUCCAUCCAAGGAAGGAGGUGACUCCUACAGGGAAGUGGAUCUGACUGUUUACGUGCUCUGCCGCAUUGACUCAGUACAGAUAAUUGCACUUUGAACGAUGUUUAAAUUUUGAUGUGGGCAUUUCUUGCUCAAAACAAU